CUAGCCUCAAGAGUAAGUUCGAAGGGCCGGACCCUGAACUGUUGGACCAGUCCGAUUAACAUCUAAGCAAACCAACUGCCGCAUACAAAACCCUAGCUGUAGGACCAGUCCGAUUACCUCCCUUUGGCCUGCGCUCGUCUUCUGGUCGCAAGGAGGAGCUCAUUUUUGAGCUCUGUAACCACUCCGACAUCAAAGGUUUGAUAAUAUUCACAGAUGUGUAUAAGUAGAUUUCUCAUAUGUGUUGUGACUCUUUUAUGAAAUUGGAACAGAGGGGAAAAGAGACAUGAAGUUCAUCGCCGCAUACUUGUUGGCUGUGCUGGGAGGCAAAGCCAGCCCUUCCGCCGGUGACAUCAAGAAAAUCCUUUCCUCUGUGGGUGCUGAGGCUGAUGACAGUAAGCUUGAGUUGCUCUUGUCUCAAGUUGAGGGGAAAGAUAUCACAGAGUUGAUUGCAGCUGGAAGGGAGAAAUUAGCUUCCGUACCAAGUGGUGGUGGUGGUGGUUCUGUUGCAGCUGUUGCUGCUGCACCUUCCAGUGGUGGUGGGGCUGCCCCAGUUGCUGAAGAGAAGAAAAAGGAAGAGAAGGUUGAAGAAGAAUCCGACGACGAUAUUGGCUUUGAUCUUUUUGGAGGAGAUGAUUAGAGUUCUUUUACUUCUAUAUGUUUGUUUGGAUAAUAUUAUCAAGUUUUAGCAUCCCUUCCUGUUUUUCACUCUAGUGAAGACUCCUAAAUCUUUUUCUGCCUAUUGUAUUAUUACAAUAGCUGAAUCAUGAACUUGACAUCUCCAUCUUCAUUCCCCUUUCAAGCCUAUUUUUGAAAACUUUGAGUUUCAAUGGUUCUCUUGACAUUAUAUACCGUUUUGUUUUACUCACUUUUCUAUCAUCGUAGACAAUAAGGAUGUUUUCACACUUAAAUAGAUCAAAUCAGAUUUAAAUAUAUUAGACCAGACUUAAAUAGACCAGAUAAGCAACAAAUUUUAGCUCCUAA